AUGGAUAUAUCACCCACAUUUUCAGAUGGACUUUAUGCUGCUACUGACCCCCCUAAGACACCUGACAGCGAACCUUUGUUUACAAAACUGCGCAAUCCAAGCACAGGGGAAGCAACCCUUUACUUAUUCAAUAGCGGUGCACAGCAGCUGUUUGAAGUAAAAGUUUUUCAUGAGGAAUAUCGUUCCUGGUUUAUAGGUCAGACUGUUCAACAAGAUGGGCGUCUGCUGUUUGUUACACCAAUGGACCCCUUAUUUCUGAUACUUUACUACCUUAUAAAGGCAGACAAGGAGCAGCAAGGAAAGUUCCAGCCACUCAGUCAAGUUGUGCUAGACUCGGAGUACCCUAACUGCGCAUUGCUGCUGAACUGUACAGAUGUUAAACAGUACAUACAUCAUGUAACAGAAGAAAAAGAGAUUGGCAGUCAGAAAUUCCACAAAUACAACCAAGAGAAGACACUGAAAUGGUUAAAGAAAAAGGUCAAUCAAACAGUGAAAGCACUUAAAAGCAACAAUAUAUCUGUAGGUGAAAGGGUACAUGCAGCUACAUUUAUCAGUGGUAAACAGAUCACAGAUACUGAAGAAGACUACGUACGAUAUGCCCAUGGGUUAAUAUCAGAAUAUAUUCCUGAAGAUCUGAGUAAGGAGUUGUUAAAAUGCUUAGGGCUCCCAGAACUUAAAAGCCCAGCAUCAGAGCCACCGUUGAAGAAAAGGAAAUUAUCAGAUGUCCCUGUGGAAGCAGAAGAAGACUAUACUAAGUUUAACAGCAGCAAUCUGAAAACCAAAAAGGCAAACAGCAAGAUGUCUGCAGCACAGAAGGCUCUGGCCAAAGUUGAUAAGAGUGGAAUGAAAUCCAUUUCUUCUUUCUUCAGCUCCAAAUCUAAAGCAUCAAAAUAAAGACUUGUUCUUGAAAGAGUUUUAUACAGUGGUUAUUUUUAUGUUAAGCUAAAGAUGUCUCCUGGGUUUUUUUUUUUAGUAUAGUAUAUGCCGGGCAUGUCUGUGUACAUGGUGGAGUGCAAUGAAGAGAUCUGUGAGCUAGCAUGGGACAGAGCUGUUAUGCCUGAGCAGGGCAAGGCAGUACCAUGCAGAUACUCCAGCCUGGGUCGGGAAGGCAGCCUUGCUACUUUAGCGUGGUCCUGUGAGCCGAGAAGCAAGGUUUAGCAUGGUACGAUACCGUACUGCUGCUGCUUCU